GCCCUAUGGGCCGCGCUCUCAAUUUAGGACGUCUGGUGUGAAGAGAGCAGACCAGCCACAAUGAGGAGUCGACUGUGAAACCCCAAACCAUGAAAUUGCACCAGUCUCUGCUCCUGUCCCUCCUCUGCCUCUUCUCUAUCUCCGAGUGCCGCGUGCUCAAGUUUGUGGUAGCAGUAUUUCGGCACGGGGAUCGCUCACCCAUAGAGUCCUAUCCCAGAGACCCACAUGGAGAGGACGUGUGGGCACAGGGCUUCGGACAGCUCACGGAGCUGGGCAUGAAGCAGCAGUUUGAGCUUGGCAGGUUUUUGCGGAGAAGAUACGGCAACUUUCUGAGCGAUGACUAUAACAACAAAGAGAUCUAUGUAAGAAGCACUGAUUAUGAGCGCACUCUGAUGAGCGCUCAGUCUUGUCUGGCUGGGUUGUUUCCUCCGAUCAGACGCCCCCCUCCCAUCACACCCCAGUUACUGUGGAGACCCAUCCCAGUGCACACUGUCCCCCGCUCCCAGGACAAGCUGCUGAGAUCCCCUGGCAAAGACUGUCCACGUUUCCGCACUUUGAUGACAGAAACUUUCGAGAGCGCGACUUACCAGAGGUUCCUCGGGGCUCACCAGUAUUUUGUGGAAGGGCUGGCCAAUCACACCGGGUAUCCUGUGUCCAAACUGGUUGGCAAGAAAAUAUGGAGGGUAUAUGACACGCUGAACUGUCAGAGGAUCCAUAAUUUGACUCUCCCUCGCUGGGUGACCCGGGAUGUCCUGGACACCCUGAAAAAGAUUGCCUCAUUUGAGGUCAUGUACAGCAUUCUGAGUCACAAGAGGAAAGAGAAGGCUCGGCUGUCGGGAGGAGUCUUGUUAAAUGCCAUCCUGAGAAAUUUCUCCAAAGCUGUGGAGCAAGGAAGCACGCUCAAGUUCAUUAUGUACUCAGCUCAUGACUCUACACUCAUCACCCUCCAGGCGGCUCUGGACGUCUAUAACGGCCUGCUGCCUCCUUACGCCGCCUGUCAACUCUUUGAAUUCUACCAGGAGUACGAUGGAUCUUAUUCGUUGGAGCUGUAUUACCGCAAUGACUCCACACGCCCGCCCUACCCUAAUCCUGUCCCGGGCUGUAAUGGACUUAACCCUUGCCCUUUGACGCUGUUUACUGAUCUGGUACGGGAUGUGUUAGUGGACAACUGGGAGGCAGAGUGCGGAUUCGCAAUCAGAUGGUCAAGUACAGGUGUUGUUACGGCUCUCGCAGUGGCAGUAGGUAUCCUGGCGGUGGCGCUCUUGUUCAGCAUUGGGGUAUUAAUGCACAAAAGAAGAGCUCACUACUCCAGGGAGGUGUGAUAUGAGACUAGAUCAAAUGUGUAUGUUAUUUUCAUUCGAAUAAUAUUU